AUGUCGGACAGCACCGGCUGCGAGUUCGAGAUCGACGUGGAGAGUCUGGAGACGGAGAGCGACGACCCGGCGGACUCCUACAGUCCCGGACCCGGUCCCGGACCCGGUCCAGGACCCGGACCCGGAGCCUCGGAGGAGGACGAGGCGGACGAAGUGAAGAGCGAGGACCAGCCGGGUCCCGUCGGCCCGGGUUCGGGUCCCGUUGGCCCGGGGGAGCAGAGGAAGCUGAGCCGGACCCCGAAGUGCGCCCGCUGCCGGAACCACGGGGUAGUGUCCUGCCUGAAGGGCCACAAGCGCUUCUGCCGCUGGAGAGACUGUCAGUGCGCGAACUGUCUGCUGGUGGUGGAGCGGCAGCGCGUCAUGGCUGCGCAGGUGGCGCUGCGCAGACAGCAGGCCACGGAGGAUAAGAAAGGCAUCUCUGGGAAACACCUUCCAGCCGAGAGGAGGACGAUCUACCAGCGUCACAUCCGACCGUCCACCAUGCUCGCCAAAAGCAUCCUGGAAGGCUAUCGUCCGGUGCAGACGGAUCCGUACCUCUCCGCCAACGCGUCUCUGCCCCCCCCGCUGAGCGACCGCAUGAGGAAGAGGAGGGCCUUCGCCGACAAGGAGCUGGAGAGCAUCAUGCUGGAGCGGGAGUACAAGGAGCGCGAGCUGAUGGAGAACAGCCAGGGGGCGUCGCUCCUCUUCCCCAACGGCAUGGUCCACCACGCCGCCGAGUACAACUCCUACAAGACGGCCUACUCGCCGGGCGCUCAGUCCGAGCCGCCGCCCAAAGAGCUGUGCGGCUUCAUGGGGCCCAACUGCCUGGACCUGACCAUGCAGUACCCCGGGGGGCCGGCCAACGUGGAGCUCAUCUCCUCCAACGUCAGCGUGGCCACCACCUACCGCCACUACCCGCUGCAGCCGGCCCGAGGCGGCUUCAUGAUGUGGCCGCGCAGUGCGUCCAACCUGGGCGACGCCCUGCUCUACCAGCAGUGCCUGUUCAACGCCACGGCGGUGCAGAACAUGAAGCCGGGCGGCGCCGUGUGGGAACCCAAGGCCACGGCGGCGGCCGAGAGCCAGCUGCCCGAGCAGGAAGCUGCGGCCGCGUUCGCCGCCAAACUGGAAGGAUCCCGAGCGGCGGCGCUGCAGGACUCGUCGAAUCCUCCGCAGCCGGAUCCCAAAGCUCCCGGCAGCGUGGGGGGGCAGAGGGAGUGCUCGGCCUUCGCCCCCCCGAAGAGGGGCUUUGGACAAUCCUUCCCCAACAGCUCUCACCCCCAAAACCCCCAAAACUCCAUGCACGUCCUGAACAAGCUGAGCAAGGACAGUGCUAAGCUCUCCAUGAAACUCAACUCCUUCCACUCCCUCAUCCAGCACUCGCUGAGUGAGAAAGGCGGCAGCGGUGGUGGUGGUGGCGUUGGGCCGGAGCUCCGCCCUCCGUACUGCAAAGAGCUCUUAGAAGAAGCCGCCCGCAAGUUCAGGGAGGGAUCGGCCAAGGACGCUCAGGCUGUUAGAAUCACAGACCGCUACGCCAAAGACUUUCUGUCCAAGCCCGUGGGAACCAAGAUGGCGUCCGGCGAGUCGCUGUCCUUCUCGGUGGAAGCCAUCCUGAAGCGACCCCCCCCCGCCAUGAGCCGAGCGUUCCACUGA